GCAGUUCGGUACUUUAUUACUAAGCUGUUAUUCAUGUGCUCGGUCGGAGUCGUAGUGCACAUCAACAUCUAGAGCAAACGUCAGCGGUAUUUCAAAAUUUCAGACAAGCUUGCUCCGCAGCAGUAAGUGGAUCAAAUAACAAGUAUAGCCAUGAUGGGUGUCGUGGCGUUGGCGUUCAUUAUACAUGUCGUGGGUCUUUCAUCCGCCGCACAAUACUUCGGCAAGGAGUUGGGUCAGCUAAGGACAGAAGCUCAUGGCGUCACUGGUACCGUUAAAAUCGCUGACUCAAAAACCAUCGUCAUUGAGGAUUUCAAUUAUGAUGGUGCUGGACCAGAUGCCUACAUCUGGGUCGGAACAACCGAUCAGCCUGGUGCUACCGGCACUAUUGUGCCGGCCUUUGAAGGAGACACCGAAAAGCUCAGAGCGUACACCGGGGAGCGUGUCAUAGCUAAACUACCAGGCUCAACGACGGUACAGGACUACAAGUGGAUAUCAAUCUGGUGUAGAAUGGCAGGCGCCAACUUUGGAGAUAUUUAUAUACCUGCUUCAUUUGCCAAUCCGGCACCGUUCAAUCUGGGAGCGUUGCCCACGUAUGCCCAUCGUGUCAAAGCCGAUAGUGUCGUCAUUAACGACGCCAAGACUCUCACUUUCACAAACCUCUUUUACGAUGGAAAUGGCCCAGAUGCUUAUUUCUGGGCAGACACACGAAGUAAUCCAACAAGUAGUGGCACCAAACUCAUCUGGCAACCUGGUAUGUCAAAUUCUGGGGUAAACCAGAGGAUAGGAAUGGCCUUCACUGGUCAAACAGUGACAGUCACCAUGCCGGGUGAUACCACCGUCUAUGACUUCAUCAACAUUGGGCUGUGGUGCGUCCAGGCCCGUCAAGAUUUUGGCAGUAUAACCUACGAUAAAGAUACUCUCAAUGUCCCAGCUGUUCUGGACCCCCCUCCAUCUUCGACAUACCCAAACUGUAAGGUGUUGGUAGACGAUGAAUUCCAGGUCCAGUGGAGAAUCACUGACAAUAAGAUUGACGUGGAGCUGGCCAGCCUAGUCAAACCGGGCAACUACAUGGCGUUCGGGUUGAGUGGAUCCCAAACUAGAACCCAAAUGGUAGGGUCUGACGUGACGGUCGCAUGGAUGGACGAAGGAAGCAUGAGCCCCAUGGUGGCCGAUUACAACUUGGAGUCCGAGGCUCAGUGUGGCCUUAAUGAUGGGCGUGGUGCAUGCCCAGACAAUGUCCCCACCGUCAACGGAACAAGCGACUCCACCCUAUUGGCUCUUCUAUUCGGAAAGGGCAUCACAAGGAUUUCAUACUCUCGUCUUCUUGACACAGGUGAUAGCAUUGAUCAGGUGAUACCCACUGAUCGUGAAGUUUUCAUCUCCUGGGCGUUGGGACCUAUCAACGCUGAUGGACGAACCGCUAAACAUGUCUCCGUCCCAAGAGAUGAUCCUCGGAUUAACUUUGGUGUCUCAACCCGUUCAACGUGUCCCCCGUUGCCAGUUGGUGAUGAUGGGCCCCCACUGCCGGCAUGGAAGGCCUUGAAGACCAAAGAUGAGACAUCUUUUGUCGUUGAGAUUGGUCAGUCUGGGGGAAAGCGUGGCUACACAGGAAUCACAGGUGUUGUCGGAUGGGGUAUCGCAUGGUACGUCAACGGCCUUCUGAUCCCUGAGAUCACUGUGGAGAGGGGUGUCACCUACACCUUCACAGUCUAUGGCGGAGACAACCCAGAGAAAAGCGCAGAAUAUCACCCCUUCUACAUCACCACCGACGAGGAAGGAGGUCACGCUCAACUGUCGGAUGCUGAGAAAGCGAAACGGACAAUAUUUGCCGGGCCAACAGCGGGACCUUUAUGCAGUUGGGAAGUUGCCCAGACCGGCUCCAACCCUGAUGACUUUACUAACUUUGCUGAUUAUAAAGCAACGCUUGAGCGCAAUUGCAUAGGAAGUGGCUCUGAUGGAAUGGAGAUGACAUGGACACCAGACGAGAAUACACCGGACCUUGUGUACUAUCAGUGCUACACUCAUCGUUUCUUGGGAUGGAAAAUUAACGUCAACUCAGCAGCUGGACUCAAGAUAUCUUUGCUCCUCCUCCUGGCCAUGUUUGCUGUUAUCAAACUCCUCUAGACGUCUGUGCGGACGGGGACAACCAAAACCAAGGAAGAGGACCAAUCAAAGAGUAAACCAAAAUUGUGCCUCUGAUCAACACUGAAAUUCUAUAAUAGAUGUUAAAUUUGCAUCAGGGAUAAGUUAAUUACAGCCACAGGCCUGUUAUGAUCAUGACGACACAGCGUCUUGUCUGAUUGUGUAGCAAGGAUUUUAUUUUCACUGUAUUUUCAAGUUCUGCUGUAUAUUUCACUGGCUAACAAAGAAUGUGGGGGUUGGAAUAAUUGUGCAGAGUUGUGAUUUGAAAGCUUGUAUUUGAUGUAAGUUAUGUCAUUUCAUUUGAAUUUUUUUAGCAUGAAAUCUCAGCAGUUGUUUCCAGAUGAGUUUCUUUCGUUUCAUUAAUUUGGUUAGUGGAGGCUAGGUUUGAGUGUUGUGUUUUAGGAAUUUCAAAUAACCCUAUAUUGUUAUAGUUUACUUUCACAAAUAUUUUUGUUUAUAACAGAGUUAUGUCGGUGGCAACUCGGUGUUGACACAGGCUCGUUUUUUCACUGGAAGAAUAUCUUUUUUAUUUGAAUGAUUUUAUUGCAUUUAUUGCACAAGAAAUGGCUACAUCUGCCAAGGGGUAGCGUAAGCAAGAUAACCUUGGGUUGAGGUGAGUUUGCUGUCUUCCCCCUCCCCCCUUCUCAUCACUCCAUGAAAGUGUAUAUGUAUGAAACAGACCUGGAAUUUGUUUUUGUUGUUUAAUGUUUUUUUGUUGUUAAAAGCACAUUUUUGAAUAAUAAAGAAAUACAGAAUAGUUUUUUUCUUCUUUUUAACUUCAAAGAACUAGAUCAUUUCAAUGGAUUUGUUGUCUUUUCUAAACUAACUAUAAUAAUAUAAUACUAUUUAUUCGAGCAAAACAUUCACAAGUACAUGUAAACACCUUAAACAUACUUUUAAAACUUAAGUUAAACAACAGUGGGAUCCCCAGGAAAGCAUAAAAGUUAAAUAUAUAACUGUCGCCUUUAAGCGUAUGUACCUUCUGAAACCAUACUAUUAUGUCAUUGUGUCUUUCAAGUACAUAUAAUUGAGUAUGAAUAAUUGAAUUUGCCUGAUGUUAGUUGCAGAAGCUGGCAUAACACUGCAAAACCAGGGUGUGAAAAUCGACACCAUUUGUGUUGUCUCAUCGAUACCGAAGAGAAACUAUUACCAUUAGCUUUUUUUCAAAAACAAAUUCAUGGUAUUUUGACACCAUUAUGGUGUAAAUUUGUUAUUCUUUUUUCGGUAUUUAUUCAACACAUGGUGUCAAUUUUAACACCAAGUUUUUGCAGUGUGUAAGCAUUGUGUAGGUUUUAACGAUAAUUUUAUGUAAACAAAGCAGCGUAUACUUUACUUUCAUUCAAUUUUUAAUUAAAGCGAUUUUUGCGUCUGCACUUGAACCCGUUAAUUAAUUUCACUUGCAGGCAUGCACAUUUAUAUAGCAUUAUAGCAAUUUAAUGUAAAAGAUUGAACGUUUCACUUGGGCGAGUGUGUUUCACUUUCACUCUUUUGAAAGUGAAAGUCAAUCUUCACUUUUUUUGAGUGAAAUUGGAAUGAACUUCACUCUAAAUCGAUUUGAAAGUACCCGUCUUUCACUCUAAAAAGCGUUGUCGGACUUGACGCCCACUUGGCUCUUCACUCUCAAAAAAGAGUUGUCCCCAUUUGGCUCUUCGCAGGAGUUGUAUGGCGGGUAAAAUGAGGGUUUUUCACUCUUCUUUUUACAUCGGGAGAGUAAACGCAAAUGUAGAUUUCUGCAAAAGAAGAGCUGCUGCGAACUAGAGUGUUGUUUGAGUAUAGAUUGUGAAAUUGAAUAUAUUUUUUAGUCAAAAUGAUGCAAAAGAAAAAUGUAUUGCUUAGAGGAAAUGAAUUGUCCAAUUUUGAGGAGCCUUUGAUUUCGCGCGAAACGGAAUGAGCAGCUUGUAAGUUGUCUGCUUAUUUGACAAAAUGACCGCAUAACCUUCAUACAGAAUACAUCAGGGAAUUCCUAAUUGCUUUCAAUUUUGUAUUUUUUUAAACGAAAUAAUGAUACCGUACUUUUAUGACUAUUUUUAGCGUGGUAUAUUUUUGUUGUGUAGAAGUAUAUAACAUAUACAUUUUUAAAUCAGAUGUCAUUCUCUGUAUAAUAAUGUUGUUGCUCUUUCCAAACGUAUCAGUGGAAAGAAUAAUAUUUUUUUAAAGGGUGAAAUAUUUGUAUAAAGUGGUAACGUAAGCCUCGUCUCAAAUAUCGAAAACUAAUUGGAACAGGUAUACUUUGUGCGAUUUAAAUAUUUGUAGAAAUUGAUUAUUUGGCACUUGUGCGGAAUUUUAUUUGGUCAUAGAAAUUUAGUAACAGAAAUAAACAAUAGGUAAACAAAUAAUUGUCA